CCAAAAUAAACAAUCCCACUCGUUGCGUUCGGAGGCAUGAUGUCGUACACGCCUAACGCGGUCUUUUUUCCACGACUUGUUCAGCUCGCGUCGUGUUUGGGUCCUGUUGUCAUUUACCACUGUGUGGUGCUCGCUGUUGUUUUCAAGGAAGCAUAAGCUCAAGUCGUCGCAGAGGGACAAGGUACGGCAGUUUAUGUCCGUCACGCAGGCAGGAGAGAAGACUGCUGUGUACUGCCUCACUCAGAAUGACUGGAAGCUUGAAGUGGCCACCGACAACUACUUCCAGAACCCGGACCUAUAUUGCAAGGAGUCCAUGAAGACAUCAGUUGACCGCAAGAAGCUAGAGCAGCUCUACAAUCGCUAUAAAGAUCCCCAGGAUGAAAACAAGAUCGGUAUUGAGGGCAUCCAACAGUUUUGUGACGACCUGAUGUUGGAUCCGGCCAGCAUCAGCGUUCUGGUGGUGGCGUGGAAGUUUCGCGCUGCCACCCAAUGCGAGUUCACCAGGAAGGAGUUUCUGGAUGGCAUGAGCGAGCUGGGGUGUGACAGCAUCGAUAAACUCAAGGCCCUUUUACCAAGACUGGAACAGGAGCUAAAAGACAGUGGGAAGUUCAAGGACUUCUACCAGUUCACCUUCAACUUUGCCAAAAAUCCCGGUCAGAAGGGUUUAGACUUGGAGAUGGCCGUAGCUUACUGGAACCUGGUUCUGUUGGGAAGAUUUAAGUUCCUCGAUCUUUGGAAUAGAUUUCUUUUGGAACACCAUAAACGCUCCAUCCCAAAAGACACAUGGAACCUGUUGCUGGACUUUGGUAACAUGAUAGCAGACGACAUGUCAAACUAUGACGAGGAAGGAGCGUGGCCAGUCCUCAUAGAUGACUUCGUGGAAUUUGCUCGACCGAUCGUAACAGGAACAAAACGUAAAACUCUCUAAGGAAAAAGAAAAAAAAGACUUUUUCUUUUACAGUGACUUGAUAGGUUUUUGGGGUUUGUUUUUAAGACUUGUACAAGAGGCAAAAAGGUUAAAAAAAAUAAACAAAAACAAGACAUAUACUGGACAUGGACAUGAGAAAGUACAACAGAAGCACUUGAAAUGGUCAACUGUGAGAAGCGGCCUCUUUUUUUUUUACCUGAAUGUCACAUCGCCGGCAUCCACUCUGGUUCCCCCUGUUGGAUCCUCGAUAUCCUGCUCCGCUUCAGGACAGAUGCUGACUCGGCGCCUGGAGAAGAUAGUCCCUGGCUGCUUGUGCAAAAAAGAGGGGGGCAUUUUUUUGUUUUUGUUUUGAGCUUGCCCGACCGAAACAAUGACAAGAGUGCUUGGAACACCAGCACAAAAAAACACCACAAAACAGACUUUACCGUACAUACUGUAUCUAUUGGGACAGUUUACAAAGAGCUAUAUGAAGAAUAAUAUAAAUACGUUGAGUUUAUAAAUGCUUUUAUGUACAGUCAUGGAUUUUGAUAUGUGUAUAUAUACAGUAUAUACGCACACACAUACACAUACACAUGCAGGUGUGUGUGUGUGUGUAUAUAUAUAAUAUAUAUAUAUGUGUGUGUGUGUGUGUGUGUGUAUCAUGACUAGGUGGAUUAUGUAUCGCCAUAUGUAUAAGUGUUGUCACCUAAUGCUGGAGCAAGUAAAGCCAUCAUGUUUUCUUGGGUGGCACUUGUCACAAUAAUGCUGGCCGCAACUUUCCUUUAUUAUCGUUUCCUUACUGCUAGGAAAGUUUUGUCUGUCAAAUUAAGGAUGGUGAUGUGAGCAGAUUAAUCAUGAAUGAAUAAGGUGGCAGCAUUGUGCUCAAAGCAACACUAGCAUGGAAAUGGGAAUACUGAUCAGAAUAUCACUGUCCUGCCAAAUGCACUCGGAAGCUAUUGUCACUUUUGAAGCUGGUGUACUAGAAGUAUUAAGUAGAAGUGAAAGAGUUGACAAACAAGCCUACAAAAACACUCUUCAAUGCUUGGUUCUGUCCAUCUGUCCAAUGUGGCCGUAGACAGUGAAAGUCUUGUUCAUCUAAAUACAGUAAUGUUUAUAUCAAUAAA